AUGGAAAAGUUCCGAAUCAGAACAAACCAAAACUUACACAUUUUCUCUGUUGAAUCGCGAAGAAAAUAAGCCUGACCUGAUAAAUAGCCUAGAAAUGGUAAAGCGUCAAAAGUCCGGAUAUUUGGUUGUUACGCUCGUUCGGUUGUUGUAUAAAGACAAUCGACGACGAUUGUUUAAAUAUUGAUAAUUCUUUUUCUCUAUCUCGUCGAGCAAUGAAUAUUAAUUAAUAUUAGUUAAAAAAAAGUAGAAAAAAGUUACUAAUUGAGUAUCUUUUCAAUAGACGUAAGGACGGUAUGAAUUUUUGUCUCCGCCUUGAGUUUUAUUUUUUGUUUAUAAUCGAAAUGUUUAGAUGGUUGAAAGUAUCAGUUCGAGUUAACAGUCAACCAAAAAACAACAAUUAAAUCAAUUCUUUAUUUGUGUAUCAACAAACAAUCAACAACUAAUAAUCAAAAUGAAAGUUUUCGCUAUUGUCGCUCUUUUCGUUAUCCUCGCUGUUUCUGCCGCUAUGGCUGACCCAUGGAAGAAGGACAAUCACUGGGGUGGUCAUCAUCAACACGGCAAAGUUGGAUACAAAGUUGAUGUCAAGCACGGUGGCUGGGGAAAACACGACAAGGGAUGGACUGAACUUUACGAUUCACGAGACAAAACCACUGGAUGGAAAUCACAUGGUCAUGAUAACGGUUACGGUUCUGGCCAUGGUCAUGGUCAUGGUCACAAUAACGGGUGGAAAAACUAAGAAGUUUUAACUCAAUCGGAUUAACUUAUUCUGUUCAUUCACUUUAUUUAUAUUCUAUGAUAAAUUAAAACUGUAAAUUGAAGAAAUAUCAACUUGAUUUUUACGAAUAAAUUGCUUUUCAAUGAAUUAACUUUCUAAAAUUUUCCGAAAC